CUGGUCACGUGGACGCCGUCGUGCACGAGGUCGCUGGGGAUUGGACGGCGAUUGUCCCCUCUCGGGCUCUGUCCUGAGGCGGCGCGUGCCCUUGUCAACCGAAGCCUCAGCGAUCAUGGCAACGGGUUCGGACCGGGAGCGCGUGGCAGCGGCGACAGUUCGCUCGCAGGCCGGGGUGCCGGAGCGGCGGCGGCGGCGGCGGCACUGGCGCCGGCAGAGGCCCUGAGCGCCAUGCAGCGGGGCAGCUCCAGGCGGGAGCUAGCGGCCCGGUGGGAGGAGGAGGCGGUGGCCUCGGACAAGGCGCCGGCGGCGGCGGAGCAGGUCCUCGUGGACGCGGGCGCUGCUGGGGAGACGGAGCGCGAGACGGCGGAGGAGCGGUGCAAGGACCAGGCCCGGGCCCAGCCCCGCGCGGCCGAGGAGGGGGACGCCCGUGUGGCCCCGCGGCCGCCGCCCACGCUGCGGCCCAAGCCGAAGCCGGCGCCGGCGCGUGGGCUCUGCCCGCACGGGAACCCCCGGAGCAAGGGCUCAAGCUGCAAGCGUUGCUCGGGCCGCAGGUCCGACCAGUCCUGCACACUGAGGCCCGUCACUGUGGACAGCUCCAAGGCCAGGACCUCCCUGGACGCCCUGAAGAUAAGCAUCCGCCAGCUCAAGUGGAAGGAGUUCCCAUUUGGCCGACGCUCGCCUUGUGACAUCUACUGGCACGGAGUUUCAUUUCAUGACAACGAUAUACUGUCCGGCCAAGUGAACAAGUUUCCAGGCAUGACGGAGAUGGUGCGUAAAAUUACUCUGAGCAGAGCGGUGAGAAUCAUGCAGAAUCUCUUUCCUGAGGAGUACAACUUCUACCCUCGCUCAUGGAUUCUGCCUGACGAGUUCCAGCUCUUUGUUGCUCAGGGUCGAAUGGUGAAAGAUGGUGACCCCUCCUGGAAGCCCACUUUCAUUGUGAAACCUGAUGGUGGCUGUCAGGGUGACGGAAUCUACCUCAUUAAAGACCCCAGUGACAUCCGCCUGGCAGGGAUCCUGCAGAGCAGGCCAGCGGUGGUCCAGGAGUACAUCUGCAAACCUCUGCUUAUCGACAAGCUCAAGUUUGAUAUUCGUCUGUAUGUCCUACUAAAGUCCUUAGACCCUUUAGAGAUUUACAUAGCCAAAGAUGGACUCUCGAGAUUUUGUACAGAGCCCUAUCAGGAGCCUAACCCCAAAAACCUGCACCACGUCUUUAUGCACUUAACCAACUAUUCUCUGAACAUCCACAGCAGCAACUUUGUCCACUCGGACAGCACCAGCACAGGCAGCAAGAGGACUUUCUCCAGCAUCCUCUGCAGGUUGUCUUCCAAAGGGGUUGACAUCAAGAAGGUCUGGUCUGAUAUCAUCUCCUUGGUGAUUAAGACAGUCAUUGCCCUGACGCCAGAGCUCAAAGUUUUCUACCAGUCGGACAUCCCAGUAGGGAGGCCGGGGCCUACAUGCUUCCAGAUUUUAGGCUUCGACAUUCUUCUAAUGAAAAAUCUGAAGCCUAUGCUACUUGAAGUAAAUGCGAAUCCCAGCAUGAGAAUCGAGCAUGAGCAAGAACUUUCUCCAGGGGUGUUUGAAAAUGUCCCCAGCCUUGUCGAUGAAGAAGUGAAAGUGGCUGUGAUCAGAGACACACUGCGCCUCAUGGACCCACUUAAGAAGAAAAGAGAGAACCAGUCUCAGGAGCCCAAGAAGCCAGUAGCCACGAAUGAAGAGCCUCCUAACAGUGAGCUGGCCAGCCCCUCGGAAGGCAGUGUCGACCCAGAGGCACACCUGCCCUCCAUCUGCCUCAAGCAGGUGUUCCCCAAGUACGCAAAGCAGUUCAACUACCUGCGCCUGGUGGACAGGUUGGCGAACUUGUUUAUCCGGUUCCUGGGGGUCAAGGGCACAAUGAAGUUGGGACCAACAGGCUUUCGCACCUUCAUAAGGAACUGCAAGCUCAGCAGCAGCAGCUUGUCCAUGGCCUCCGUGGACAUCCUCUACAUUGACAUCACAAGGAGAUGGAACUCCGUGACCCUGGACCAGCGGGAUUCAGGGAUGUGCCUGCAGGCCUUCACAGAGGCUUGCUUUUACCUGGCUCAGAGGAAGUUCAAGAUGCUGCCACUGCACGAGCAGGUGGCCUCACUGAUCGACCUGUGUGAACACCACCUAUCCGUGCUGGAUGAAAGGCGUCUGAUGUGUGGGCGGAGUGGCACGUCGGGGGGCCGGGCCCCUUACAGUGGCCCUCCCCAGGAGGCCGCGCCCUCUGCCCCGCUGGCAGAGGGCAACCCUCCCCCCUGCGCAAACAGUGCCCACAAGCUGUCCCAUUCCAGGCACACCCUGUCCUGAGAGCCACUCUGUUCUCCCGGCUGAAAAGCGAGCCCCUUGGGGCUGAGGAGAGCCCCCUGGGCUCCCUGCCUGUGGAGGAGGGGCAGGCUGCGGAGAAUUCCCGCCAGAGAUUCCUGCUCAUCGACUCCAGGUUCUGCUGACCUGAGCUUCAAAAGGCUGAUUCUUGCCCGUCUUCCUCCCAGUACCUCUUGGUGGUCCACCUGUUUGCAAGUCAGCGGUGGACAUAUCACAUCCAAAACCUGACAGAUGGCAUCUCUGUUCUGGGCUCACAGGAAGCAACAAGCGGGGCAAAACUGUUGCGUUUGGGGCAGGGGAGACCAGCAAUCCCGGGCCUGCGAGCUGCAGAGCACGAAGCACAGACUGAAGCCGAGUCGGAUCUGGCAGGGCCACUGAGAACGCUGUCUACGGCCAAGCGCGUUGUGCACAUUCCCUACUGCCCGUUCUGUGCACGUCAAGUGGAAAUAGCAAGUGGGCAUGCUUGACUCCCCCAUCCCAGUCAUGUGCUGCUUGGGUGUAGUUAACAGAUGAGCCUCAUUUAUUUCAUUAGCUUGCCUGGUGCCACAAUGUUUGGUUUGUUACUAAUUAAGAAAUAAUUAACUAAGAAGGAAAUAAGUAAGACUACUAGAGUCUCAGAGCUAGCAGGAGCCUCGAAGGUCACUUGAUUUUGUUUGACCUGGACCCCAAACCAGGAGUCCUCUGGUCUUGUGGUCUGUGCUUGGAGCCCUCAUGGUGGGGUGCUCACCCCAUGGCCAGCAGGUUCACAACAGGCUCUGCCAGAGGGCCCCCAUGGGCCCAGCAUGGGCUGGAUGCCCUGGGUGGGAGGAGGGCUUCCCAGGGCAGGGGAGUCAGACCCAGGUGAAGAUCAGGGCGAGCAGGCAUCAUGUCAGAAGUGCAGGUGUGAGACGUGGUGUGAGGAGAAGGGGACCCCGCACUCUCCCUUCCCAAGACCCUUCCCUGUCUCACCCAUCUGUGUCCCCAAGCAGCCCCCCUCUGAAAGGGGAUGCCUCAGAAGCCACCAAAGGUGGCAUUUUGGAAAACCAAGCCCUGCAGAGCCCACUCCAGGCUGUUUGGUGGCAGAAGAUGUUGUAAUGACUUUAUUUUCCCAAGUAAAAGGCCGGACAGGUGGCCUAAGGUGGGAGGGGCAGGAGAAACUGAUGUGCGUUGAGUGCCUCCCACACCGGGGAUGCCUUAGAGGU